UCCAGCAAUCACAUUCUGAUGACACAUUCCAAGAGUUGCUGAGGAGUAACCGAACUUGAAGGUGGCGCAGACUUGGAGGCAGCCAACGGCAUUCAGCUUCUGCAGACAUCAAAAAGACAUAAUAGGGCCUGUAGGGCAAGGAAUCCUUGGAAAAGGAGAAACAUUCUUCUUUCAUUAUGAGGAUACACUGAUGCCAGAUGUCAUUACUAGAAUAAAGUGAUCUAGGUCAAGGCUUCAUUCCUCAGACGUCAGAAUUCUGUGAUAGCUGUCAACAUUUGAUAGACCACAAAAAAUCAAGGGCAACUCAUCAUCCGUAGAGCUCUAUCUUCUCCUGCUUUUGUAAGAUAUAUGUUGGUCUGUUCAGCUUAGGCCAAUGCCUAUGCUGGGAGUGAGUAGCACUUAGCUCCUUUUCCCAGCUAAAGUGUCAUCACUACUGGAGGUCAAGGUUACACGCUAAAGUCUGGGAAACAGAAUGCCAGCUAAGACCCCCAUUUACCUGAAAACGUCUACCCCCAAACGGGGUAAGAAACUGAAACUGCGGGAUGUCCUCUCCAGUGACAUGAUCAGUCCUCCACUGGGAGACGUGCGACACAGUGCCCACGUGGGGCCGGAAGGGCAGUCCGACAUGUUUGGGGAUGUGGGCUUCUUGCAGGGCAAGAUGGACAUGCUGCCCAACUUGGGUCACCCUCCUCGCACUCGUUCCCACAGCAUGGAGAGGCGACCGGAUGAGGGCUUUGACAUGCCAAACAACAAAGGCCUGCACAACACCUACCACCCCCACCGAAACCCUCACAACACCUCGUUGCUCAAGAAUACAAUCUCCAUGCCUGCCUUUAUCGCCCCUGUACAGCCUCCACCCAAACCACCUCGCUUGCACUUAGAUGAGAACUCUUUCUCUUUGCAACAAAAUCACCAGCAGCAAAAUAACAACCACCACCAUGUCCAGCACCAGUCGCAGCAGCGGUCCAUGUCUGUGUGUGAGGAAGGGGUCGGGAGAUGUCGGGAACCUUGCCGAGACCUCAGUCUCUCUGCCUCUAUCCCAGUCUUGCGGCACCAGGUUCCGUACUCCGGGUCCUUCUCUGAGGCGUCCUCGGAAGACUCUAUGUCAGACGGUGGUGUUCCGCUGGAAGAUCGGCGAGGGUUGAGUCUGGACUCAGAUGCGGGUCUGAGCAACGAGGAUCUGCAGAGCGAGCGCAGCGAAUCGCCCGGCAUCUCCCCCAGUGUGUCGCGGUCCGAAUCACUCCUGGGACUUGACCUUGACCUGGGUCCGUCUAUUCUGGACGAUGUCCUGCGGAUCAUGGACCGUUAUAAGAGUGUGGACGAGAGAUGUGAACUGUGAGUCGGCACCGGGAGGCCUUGAGACGCUGCCAUGUUUGUGUCAGUGGAUGUUGGACAUCUUUCAGAGCGCAUGGCGUGGACACCAACACAAUAAGCUAUGACACAGUGACUGACCCAACCAAAGACACUCAACAGUGGACGCCGCUGUGAAACUAUGUCUUCGUUUCAGAUCAGGGACUAAGAAUCUGUCUUUCUAUCCUGAAAGACUAUGCCUAUGAUCCCUUAAUCCUUGGAAUUACUUAGCCUUUUUAAUGUAAAAACACUCAGCUGUGAUAUCACUGUUUAACUGGUUUUACUGGAGCGUAAACAGCUUUAAGAUUCUGAUGUGCUUGACUUAACGCUACUGGUUCUUAUGCUAGGUGAAACGGCACAACAUUUUGUACAUUACCUUUAUUUGGAGUUUAAGCUUAACCAAAAUGCUAAUUAGAUCACCUAAUUAUGCCUUGCAUAGGUCGCCAUCUAGUGAUAGAUAACAAAACCACCACAAGAGGCUUUACAGAAGGUAACAAACUUUAUUCUGUCAGUGAAAAUUACAUGGUCUGGGAGAAUACUUAGAACUUAAGCUGUUGUAGAACUGAAAAUCUGCUCUUCAAUGCAGUUUUUACAGAGGCUUGUGUAGCUAAUUAGUGAUGCCUUGAUCACACCAUGGUUCAUGGUUGAUUCUAGCAUUCAAACCUCAUCAUCAGGUUAGUGGAGCUAAAUAAAGAACUGUGUGUUUCUCUUUGCCAUUAAUACAGAAAAGAGUUAAUU